AUGAAAAUUAGUAUACGAAAGGUUUUCUGGAAGGUGACAGUUUCUAUCUAUCGGAUGUUGCUACGGGUGUACACAUCGUGGCUUAACGGAAGGACGAUACUACAGUUGGUGGGAAACUUCUGUUUCAAUUGUUUUUUCCUUUGUCUCUGGGUAGUCAUCACCCAGUCUGCCAAGCGCCUACCGAAGUCGUUCAGACCACAUAUUUAUGUCAAGUUGGACUUGAGACUAGACGACUAUAUGUUCACUUCGAUAUCUGGGUCGAUGUUGACCAUCUACUGUUUGAUUUCGGGGAGUUGGUUGUUGUAUUUGAAAUUCUACAGUCCAAGACACAUCCAUCAUUUCUGGGAGGUGGAGACGUCCCCUUAUUAUUCACCGUCUUCCGACCAUAGUCGUAGCCCAGAUAUCGAAGAUAAGUCGGCUACAUUCGAGUUGGAAGAUAUGCCCAAACUUCAGGAGAGCAUCCAUCCGACGAACGAUCUGUUGAUCGACCGCCUUAAUAAACACAAGGACCAAAAGAGCAUGAGCCAUGGGCAUAUAUCUCCUCCGCUUUUGUUUGGAGUUAGUUGGUUUCUUCUUAAUUUCCUAUUUCAGUUUACAGAAAAUACUAACUCUGUUAAGUUUAUUGUGGCCUGGCUUUUCUAUGUGGUGCUUUAUUUUAUAGUUCCCAUAAUAACGGCGCAUUGGUUGUAUUUGUUUCAUCCUCCGGGUGCAUUGAAGCUCUAUGCAUUUGCCAUGGGCCUUCAGAAUGUUGCUAGUGUGAUGACGCAUAUAGUUUUCCCCAAUGCUCCCCCACUAUACAUCCACUAUUAUGGUGAGACCAAGGUUCCAGACUAUGACAUGAUUUACGCCGAUGGUUUAAGUAAACCUGGCACCCGUCUACCCAGCACCAUUUACCAAUCAAUAUAUUAUGCCAAUUCCAAUAAAUUUGCGGCAAUUCCAUCUAUUCAUUCUACGACAGCAGUUAUGACGUUUUUGUUUGUCAGCUACUAUUCAAGGAAUUCCGUCUUAAAGUUUUUGUCAUUUGCAUUCCUUUUGUUCGAAUGGUGGUCAACACUCUACCUCGAACAUCAUUACAGAUUAGAUUUAUUCGUUGGCUUAAUAUACUCCAUAUGCAUAUACACAUUUUUAAUUCAUUGGAAAAAAGGUUUUACAAAAGUGGACCAAGACUUCAUACGUGCCAGACUUAAGUACGACUUUAUUGGUGGCACUACCAUGGGUAUGAGAAUCUUCCAAAAUACUAGAUUCCAGAAGUUUUUUGAUCCAUUAUUAUAG